AUGGAAUAUUCACUAAGAAAACUUUACGGAGGAGCAAUUACCAUUCAAUUGCCCACGACACUGCUGGAUGCUUCCAAAUUUAGGGAAGUUCCUGAUAGCCAGGAGGUUUUCGUCAAUGGGGGAACCAAUACCACCAAUUACCAAGAAUUGAACAAAAACGACUCAAUCAUCAUCGAUUUGCUAGAGAGAGCCGAGGAAGAUAUUGAUGUUGCAUUGAAGACACAUAUUCAGGACAUUUCGGAGGCCAACGGAGUAGGAGCCAACUGGUUUUUGGCUUUUUCAGAGACGGUCCCUGAUGCCAAGAAAAUAGCUAUUGUCUUAGAAGAAGCUAAGAAAUGGGGUAAGGAUAGUAAAGGCGAUGUCUUGGUCAUGGUCAUUGGACUUAUAAGAUUGAAGGAAGUAUCUACUGAUGUUGUCAUAACAGCCAAUGUUCCAAUUGGCGAUGAUGAGAAGGAGGUUGAAGGUUUGCAUAAGCUCGUGGAACAUAGAUACCACCAUGCUGAUGAUGACAACUUGGCUUUUCAAAGGAUCAAAAUUGCGGAGGCCGUUGUUUUGAAGAUACUUGAAACUUUUCAUGUCGACAACUGGGGAUUGUUUGGUUAA